GGCAAUGCAUUCCAGAAGAUGUCGUCCUCCGUGGCCGACCAGCAGGCAGCCGUUGAGGGCCUGCUCCAUCGCCUUGUCCCCCAGUGGGAGUCCCAAAUCACGCUGCAUGUCUUUCAGGGUGCCAAAGAACAGCGAGGCGACAUGUUCGUGGUUGAGACUUUCAACAACAGCGUUUCCAUAACGGGUUCAAGUGGUGUUGCGGUGGCCACGGGUCUUUACUACUACCUCAAGAAAUUCUGCAACGUUCACGUGUCCUGGUCGGGCUCGCAGACAAAGACUGCCACGGGCAAGCCACCCCUGGUUCCCGAGCCAAUUGUGAUCAAUCUCAACGGACGUUUCCGCUACUAUCAGAAUGUGUGCACGGCCAGUUACUCCACGGUCUGGUGGAACUGGACCCGCUGGGAGCAGGAAAUCGACUGGAUGGCGCUGAACGGCAUCAACUUGCCGCUGGCCUUCACUGGGCAGGAAGAGAUAUGGAAGAGGACAUUCCUGAAACUUGGUGUGAAGCAGGCAGAGAUCGAUGAAUUUUUCUCUGGACCUACAUUUUGGCAAAGGAUGGGAAACUUCCGGGGCUUCGGUGGUCCACUUCCUGAAUCGUGGCACGUUCAGCAGGUGCAGCUGCAGCACCGAAUACUGAAGCGAAUGCGGGAGUUCGGCAUGAUGCCCGUGUUGCCAGCAUUCGCCGGACAUGUUCCACGAGCCGUAGAAAAGUUGUUUCCGAACACAUCUAUGUCAAGAACAUGUUGGCAGGCCUUUGAGGAGCGAUAUGCUUGCCCGACGUUCGUUUUUCCGAACGAGACCCUCUUUGUCACCAUUGGAAAGCUGUUCCUGCAACAGUACAUAGCAGAGUUUGGCACAGACCACUACUACAACACUGACCUCUUCAAUGAGAUAAACCCUCCUUCUGGGAACAUAUCCUUCGUUCAAGACUCUGGCAAGGCUGUCUUCACAGCACUCACGGAGGUGGACCCUGAAGCUGUUUGGGUCAUGCAAGGAUGGUUGUUCAUCAACGACCCAUUCUAUUGGACGCCACAGCGGGCGAAGGCUCUGCUGAGGAGUGUUCCUCAGGGAAGGCUGUUAAUACUCGACCUGAGUUCUGAGCGACAACCCGUGUACGAAAAGUUGUCCAUGUUCUACGGCCAGCCUUUCAUCUGGAACAUGCUACUCAACUACGGAGGCGUUCUGGGAAUGUAUGGGUCGCUGAAUUCCGUGAACGAGGGACCGUUUAAUGCCAGCAAAGCAAAUGACUCCACUAUGGUCGGGACUGGCUUGACGCCUGAAGGCAUAAAUCAGAACGAUGUGAUGUUCGAGUUCAUGAGCGAAAACGCCUGGAGAUCGUCGCCAGUCAACAUUAGCGAAUGGAUAGAUAACUAUGCAUUGAGAAGAUACGGCAAGGAGAAUGUCAACGCUACUUCUGCAUGGAGGCAUCUUGCAGAGAGCGUCUACGACUUGGAUCCUUCUACUCUUGUAAAAGACCACGGACAGUACGCGCUUGUGGUGCGACCUUCGCUCCACCUCAAGAAUAAGACAUGGUAUGACCCUGACCACGUGUACACGGCCUGGUGGGAUCUCGUGAAUGCGGCCAAAGAUCCCGAACUUGCUGAACAAGGAACCUUUAGGUAUGAUCUCGUCGACGUCACCCGCCAGUCUCUACAGCUGCUCAUUUACGAUGGCUACGUUCGUCUUAGGCGCUGCUUUUGGAAAAAAAUGAAGGAAGACUUCGGGAGGCUUGCCGUGCUCAUGACAGACAUGUUUAAUGACCUCGAUACCUUGUUGGCGUCCGAUCCACAUUUUCUUCUCGGAACGUGGCUACGGGAUGCGCGAAGCUGGGGGACAACAGAAGAGGAAUCGGAUUUAUACGAGUACAAUGCACGCAAUCAAAUCACACUUUGGGGCCCGAAAGGCGAGAUUCGGGACUAUGCAGCCAAGCAGUGGUCAGGGCUUGUGCGAAGUUACUACAUGCCCCGUUGGGAGCUCUUCCUGAAAUCUCUGUGGCGUAGCCUUGAGCAGCACGUUCCUUUCAACCAGACGCUGUUCGACGAAGAAGUAUUUAAGCAGGUCGAGGAGCCUUUCACAUUUCAACGGAACACGUACCCCACAUCGCCGCAAGGUGACUCCAUCGCCAUCUGCACCGACUUGCAGAGGAAAUACAGGCUCCUGCUGCUUCAGAAUCAGUGAGAAGAAAAAGAGAGACAAAAAAAAAAGAGCCGUCGAUCGUCUCACGUGAAGGCUAACUGCAAACAAUAACAAAAGCAACAACACCAACAACCGAAAUUUGUAGCACGCAUACGCCAAGCCACCAUUCUGACCGCGUAGCUAGAAGUCACCCGACUAAGACCCUGGCAUGAAUGCUUGCGGACUCCGAAAUCACAAGUGCGCAUGCGCAGUUCUUUGUGAUUACGCCAUACACCAUUGUCAUGCGGCUUCUCGUAUCGUCUGCCGAGGCACUAUUUGUACACCACAUGCUUAAACAUCUAGAGCUUACUAGUCAUUCGGCUUUAUACCAAGGUUUUUUAUAUGCUUACACCAUUGCCCGUAUGCGCUCACGUCAUCAAAGCUGCCAUAUUUUAGGUACAUCCAGCACAGUGAAACCAGCACCCUAUCUGCAUCGGCUAAUCGUCCAACUAUCCUUAAAGACACAGAGUGGUGGUCCUCUUAACAAAAUGAUGUACAGCCGUACGCACGGUUAACAAGAACGGCUCGACGUGUGGCCUCACCUCGCUUUGACUGACGUCAGCGCCGCCAAACAUUGGAUGUGGUAUGUACCCUGUAUGCGCCAUGGCCUCCGAGAUGGCGGGCCACGCCGCGCGCUUGCAAUCUCGGAGACCAUGCAUGCAUGUGCUGCUCUGUUACCGCAGAAAGAUAAUGUGUGGUCUGGAACGCGCUUGUUUUUCAUCGUCAUCGAGGGACGACGGUGGACAUGGCUUGACCCUAAGAAGCUUCGCCCCUAAAUAAAAUGUUUUCGUUUA